AAUCAAAAGCUUUUGACAUAAGGUUCAUUUUUGCCCCAAAACAUACAAAGAAUGCGGGGCGGAUCGGCGACUUCACAAAAAAUGGACUUACUCAUUUUUUCCUCGGCCCUUCGCCUACGAAGUUCCGUAUUUCCUUGCGUAUACGGUUGAUUAUUGUUUAAAACUACGCACCGUUCAUAAUUGUUUGCGCCGGCGCAUAACUUUUCCAUCCCGCACUUCUGUCUUGCUGCCCUUAGUAAACAGAUGUGAUCUUACUACUUAUAUUAUAGACGACAUUCGCUUGUGCACUAGGACUCCGUGAUUUUAAUUUGUGACGACAUUGGCUUGUGAUAAUGGACUCUUUGAUUUUACAAUGUGAAGACUGUAUCCUGUUUACCUGAACUCCGAGAUUUGAGAUUGCCUUUCACAAAUUCCGCUACGUGCCGUGCAUUAAAGUUCCUAACGGAAAUGGCUGCGAGUCCACCAUCUCCUCAACCUGGGCCGUCAAACUGGGAUGUCGUGUCUGCGGAGUUGUCUGGCAUAAUGUCUCCCCAAAACAUUGAUUUACAAGAUAUGUCAGGCUUAAAUGUUGAACUAAGUGACACUGAUCUCUACGGGAUUUUAGCAGAUAAUAUGGACAACAUCAUUGACGAAUGGGUCAAUGAAAACCCUGAAGCCGAAACUGGCGACUAUGACGAAGAAUUGCCAACACUGACGCACGAGAACACGCCUGAAGCACCGAAUACCUGGUAUCCCGGUAAUCCUACCAGUAUGAUUAAGAUUCCUUUUAGCGGUACACCAGGCCUUUUACCGCCUCAUAACAUGCAUGGUAAAAAUUAUAUCGAUUUUUUCUUUCUAUUUCUUAACGUAAAUUUAUGUAAUUUGAUUGUAGAGAGUACAAAUAAGCGUGGCAACAAAUUAAAAACCGAAGCAAAUACCUCUCGCGCUAGGUUUACUAAAUGGAAAGAUUUAACAAUACCUGAAUUAAAAGUGUUUAUCGGCGUAAUAUUGUUUAUGGGUACCGUUAAAUUAAACAGAAUGGCUGAUUAUUGGUCAACAAAUUACUUAAUGCGGCUUAGCCCACAUUUAUUUAUGUCAAGAGACAGAUUUUAUUUAAUUUUAAGGGCACUAAACGUCCAAACUGACGAAAGACCCGAAAGCAUUUUUAAAAUAAAACCUUUGAUUGAUUUAUUUAACCAAUCAAUGUGUUCCAUUUAUUACCCGGCAAAAAACAUCGCGAUUGAUGAAUCUUUAAUAUUAUGGAAAGGUCGUCUGUCCUUCCGCCAAUAUCUAAAAGGGAAAAGACAUCGUUAUGGCAUUAAAUUAUAUGUAUUAGCUGACAUGCAUGGGAUUAUACAAAAAAUACACCUUUAUGCUGGUUCUGGGGAUCAAACGGUGGGUGGCAGAAACCACGUGAAUAAAGUGGUAAUGUUAUUGUUGGAAAAAUAUAUUAAUAAGGGACAUUCACUAUAUGUUGAUAACUUUUAUACGAGUGUGGUAUUAGCAGAGGAGUUAUUAAAUAAAAACACAUAUGUAACAGGGACCCUUCGGGCAAAUCGCGCUGGCAAUCCUAAUUUAAUACACAAUAAAUUAAAACCCGGGGAAUCUUGUAUAAUGCACAAUAGAAAAAAUAUUGUUGUUACCAAAUGGUUGGAUAAACGAGAAAUCUUGUUUUUGAGCUCUGAACAUGACGGUAAUUAUAAAAAGACUACUAGUCGCCGCAUACGCAGUGUAAAAUAUAAGCCUGCGCCGCAAGUAGAGUAUAACAAAUACAUGCGAGCAAUUGACAGGCACGAUCAACUCUUAAGUUAUUACUCGUGCGAACACAAAACGAUGCGCUGGUAUAAAAAAAUUAUUAUACAUAUCAUCCAAAUAUGCUUAGUGAACGCUUUUUUGUUAUAUCGAAAAAUUAACAAUUCAACUAUAGAACUUUAUGAUUUUAGAAAGGGUAUAUUACAAAAUUUAUUGCCAAAUGUCCCAGGGCUUGCUCAAUCUCCGAAUGAAAGAAUACAUUUGCCAAUACUACUCCCAAGCCAUGGCGGAAGGGUAAGUAGAAAACGGUGUAGGAUAUGCUACAAAAAAACAAAGAAAAACAACCAAGUUCUCAAUUCGUUGGACACGAAUUGUCCAAAAUAUUUGCAACCAUGCAAAUCAAUAAUUGUUGGAAUCUGCCGCUCAUCUAUUUCUUCCCGGGUCUUUUUGGUGCUCGUGGAAUUAUCUUUUAUUUUUUCUGUGCAUGUUGCACAAUCCUUCGUUGUUUUUUUUAUAGUUCCACUAACAUUAUUCGCUAUUGGUUCCGAAUCGUCAUAAGUUUGUGAAUUCUCAUAAAACACGUCGUCGUCGUCGCAUUGAGUCUCGACUUCUGAUUGAGGAAUAUAUUUCAUUUUUUUUCUGGGUGACUCUACAACAAAAUAAAAAGGUUGUCAAUUAAACGCUUAACAAAAAUCCACAUUUUUAAAUAGAUACACAUAAGUGUUUGGUAGGUACGAGUAGAAUAUUUUUGAUUCAUUAGAAUCGUACUUCCCAUUCAGUUAUAUGUUACAAAACACUAUUAUAAAUAAUAAUAAAUAAAUAUCACCUCGCUGCAAACGCAAAUGGUACGUGAAUAAAUUCGGUAUAACACUCUUGAAUGAAUAAAUCAAUAAAUAAUGCAAAAAGGUUUACAACACCUGAUAUAAAUUAAUCACUUACCUUCCAUUUCCAUAAAAACACACAGAUCGUCACUUUUAAACGCACUGAACGAAUUUACUGACUGCUUACGUUAGAUACACAAUGGCAAAUGACAUUUUAGCAAGUAGAAACACGAGAACAAGCUACAAGUUACAAUUCAUGGCGGAUGAUUCCCCAGGGGAAUCAUCAAAGUCUCUGGCGCUUGGUGCCUCAGAGGCAUCACGGAAUUUAUGUUUGACGCCAGGAACUAAAGAUUACUAAAAAGACCUCCGCACGGAAAC